AUGCUUCUCGUUAUCAGAACUCAGAAGCAGACCUGCCCCCAUAUUAUUUGAAGGUCAAUGAGAAAAUUCAAGCAAUGUGGGUGAGGUAAGUGAUGUAUCCAUUUGUACCCAAAAUUCUAAAAUUGAUUGGCAUGGUCAAUGCUCUGCAAAUUACCAAGAAAGUCAAGGUCUAGGUGCAAGGUAAUUAAAAAUCAUCUAAAAGGAGGCCAUCGAGAAAAGUCGUUACCUGGGACCAGGUACAACUGUCUCAAUUUAAUUGACAAUGCUUUCCCACAUUCAAAAUAAUAAUAAUAACAAUAAUAAUAAUAAUAAUAAUAAUAGUCUAAAGUCUAGUGGUCAAAUGUUGAAAAGAGGAGCUGGAGGCUAAGCACAUGAGAUUGAUACUGUAGUGUGGAGUUUCAAUCCCAUCCUACACUUGUAAUCCUUUCCCUCAUAAUUACUUAGUUCCACAAAAAAUAUAUAUAUAUAUCAUUUGUGGAGGUGAAGAGUGUCUGUGUGUGGUUAUUUUAAGACCAAGAAGUUAUUGUGAUUUUUCUGUGGACCACAAGACUCUGUUUAAAGACCUAAAAGUUAUCGACAUCUUUUGCCCCCCACCAUGCCUAGACCAGACCUCACCUUUGCUGUUCUUUUUCUUCUUCUCGCCUUAAUUCAUGAGACCUGCAGUGCCAAAGAUAAACAUUACUGUCCACCUUCUUCUUGUGGAAAUAUUUUGAAUAUUAGCUAUCCUUUCAGAUUAAACACAGAUUCGCCUUACUGUGGAGAGACUGCAGAUCCAGUAUAUCCUCUUUCAUGUGAGAAAAACCUUACAAUACUGUACUCUAAAUCAGGAAAAUUCUACGUGAAAGCAAUCAAUUAUGACAAUCAAACAAUUCGAGUAGCUGACGCUAGUGUUAAGGAGGGGAGCUGCUCCAUACCUCAAUAUUCCUGGGACUUCUCAACGUCUUUUGGAUAUUCUUAUGAUUAUUCGGAGAGCAUUCUUUUCAUAAGUUGUGAAAAUCUUGUAAAUGCCUCACGUUAUGUGGAAGCUCCAGCCUGCAUUAACGGCAGCUCUUUCUUCACACCUUAUAGGCCUGGAUCUGAAGGCAAAAGGUAUUAUUAUGUGAAAAUUGGAACACCAACUCCACAUGAGUUAAAACCUUCAUGCCGUAUUGACCUAAUGGCACUUGUACCACCAAUACUGGAGAAGAAUUACGAGAACCUCUCCUACCUGGACAUCCACCAUGGGUUAGCAUCUGGAAUUGAGUUGUCGUGGUCGGGCGCUUCGUGUGGAAAGAGGCAUUUUUUCCGCAUUAAUAAGGAAAACCAGUGUGUUUUUUAUGCUGGUGCUGCAUAUCUGGACAACCGAGUUUACAUAGUUGUCAGGACAGCUGUAUAUCUGCUGGCUUAUUAUUUACCUGGUAAGUACCUCUAAUCCACAACUUAUUCAAAUAAAUUAUAUAUACGAAGGAAGAAUAAAAACUUGAGUAAUAGAAGGAGGGUAGACUUAACUCUAUUCUCUUCCUUUCUCUUUCUUCUCUUCUUUUGUUUCUUUAAAACUGAGAUUGAUCUUGUGAUAAUUUUAUAAAUAUUUUGAUUUUUA